AUGCGUUUAUUCGUUGGUUACAAAUCAUCAAAUCAAAGCUUUAAACAAUUAGAAGUAGAAACCGAAAGAGGUGAUGCCGGUUAUCUUCAGAUGGAUUGCGCCCGUGAAUCUUUCGCAUUUGCAACAUAUAAACCAAAAUCAGAAAGGAAAGUUAAAAAGUUUGUUCAUUCGUUAUAUAAUAAUGUUCAAAAAUAUGAUAACUCAGUAUGUGGUAAAUAUAUUGACCCUUCAGAAGUUUUCAAGAAAGCAAAUGAAGAAGUUGAUAUCACUUUUGAUAUGAUUAUUCCGGUAAAUGAUUUGUUAGCAUUUCAGGCGUUCGAUGAUUAUCCUAAAUCAUUUGGUGAAAUCAUUCUUAAAUAUUAUGUUUUCAGGGAUACUUUAGUAUUUUGUCAGGUUGACCCGUUAAGAGUUGCUGAUUUACAAAAUUACGUUUAUGAAAAGAUAACUGAUGAAAAUUAUGAAAAGAUUAUGAAUCAUGUUUAUAAAUAUGAUCGCAAAUUCCAACAAAUCGGACUUCCUGCCAAAUUAAUUACAAGCUUAGCCGCUACAUCUGCUGACGCAACAGUUGAUAACGUUAUUAUUUCAUGCACAAAGAUGGAAGUUUUAGAGGAUAAAUGCAUUACACCAGGAUACGGUUUAAUUGAAGAAUCAGUUAAAGCAAUACCACGUUUAUUCAGUAAGGAAGAUCCAUUCAUGAUUCCAGCUCAACAUAUUGACGUUCGUUCACUAAAUGGAGGUUGCAUCACUCCUGAAGGUAUUAGCUCAGAUUUCUCAUACGCUCUUCAUAAUGUUACAGAUGUUGUGUUAACAUUUCCGAAGAAUGCAAUGCAAAGAACGGUUUUAGAAAAUCCAAUGCUUCGAGGUCUUCAGGUCACUAUAG